CCCAGAAAACACUCAUUUACAAGUCAGCUUCUCAUUCAUUUGCACUGUCAUUGUGCACGGCUGUGACUCUACUACGAUUUAAAGAUGAUAUCCUAUCAGGCGUUAAGGCGCGUGUGCCAUUUUGCAAUUACUAAACCGGUCUAUCAAGGCAGAAUGAUGUCAGCAUGUGGACUGAAGACCUCCACUGUCACUCACAGUGACAGACAAACAGAUCCAGGUAGAGCUGCAGCAUCAGUUGUGACUUACGGCCAGCUUAAAUCUAUGCUGGCCAGUCACAGUGUACAACUGUUUGAUGUCCGCAAUCCAGAUGAAUACCAGGCAGGCAGGAUUCCAGAUGCCACCAACAUUCCAUUGCCACAACUUGAGAACUCACUGAAGCUCUCACCAAAGCAGUUUGAAUUGCAGUUUAAGGUCAAAGCCCCCCAAAAGAAAGAUGAUAACAUUGUUUUUCAUUGCCGGAGUGGGAAAAGAAGUUUGACGGCUCUUGAAAUCGCUCAUCGCCUGGGAUUUAUAAAGGCACGGCAUUAUCCAGGUGGAUACAUCGAUUGGGAAGCAAAUGAGAAGAAGUAACAGUACUGACUGAGCUGUUCUUCCUAAAUGCAGAUGUAAUAUUGUAAUAUUGUAUAUUAAUGAUGUACAUGUAAUGACACAUGUAUAACAUUCAAAUCUUUUUAAAUUCUCAUUAAAUGUAUGUGAACUAAA